AUGCGCUGGACAAUAAGUGUGGACGGUGGUCCGAAACGCGUCAAUCAUGCUGCUUGUGCUAUUGGCAACAAAAUCUACUCUUUCGGCGGGUAUUGUUCGGGGGAAAACCCGUCUCGAACAGCGCCGCUCGAUGUUCACAUGUUCGAUCCAGGUAAUUCGCUUUGUUGUUAAUUGAAUUUGCGUUUAGAAACCAUGAAAUGGACGAGGUUAUUUGGUGAAGAGCCCGACCUUCGAGUUCCGCACAAAAGCGUCUCGUCGGAGAGUUCGGUAUUCGAGGAGGAAGUCGAUUGGGAUCAUGACAUGUCUUAUGAAGACGACGAAACCCAGGAUGAUUACGAUUGGCGGUACAAUCCGCUGAGCGACGAGAUUAAUGCAGAGUUUGAUGUUGUGAACACGUUCAAAGAACUUCCCUUUAUGAGGUGAGAUUUGAAAGGUUUUUUGGGGAUUUUGUUAUUGACGAUGGGAUGAAUAAUAUAAAAGUUGUUGUAAUUUUAAGCCUUUUGAAUUAAUUUGAAGAAUUUUAGAUACGGACAUACUGUGGUAUGUUACAAUGGUAAGGGAUACAUUUGGGGAGGAAGAAACGAUGAGCACGGGGCGUCACAACGAUUAUACGAGUAUGACCCAGGUAUGUUAAUAACACCUUUGUUGUUUUGCUGAUAUUUAGGUGUAGUUUGUUGACUUUACGUUAAACAUACUUCUAGAAGUUUUUCUAGUUCAUUUUUCUUGAUUUACUAAUUAUUUUAAUGACUCUGAGCCAUUAGUUUUGUCGGCUUUUAUCGAUUAUAUUAUCAUAGGCUUGACACCUAUAAUUUACCAAAAAAUUAUCACUAAUAACUUAUUUUAAUUGCCACAGAUCAGCAAAAAACUCAUUAGUUGAACAAUUGGUUCAUCGCGAUCGUUGAUCGUUUUGUUUUUGCCAUGUGACUAUUAGUUAGAGAUAAUGAUCUGACGGACUUUGUACCACUGAUUAGGAGUAUAUAGGUCAUUUUGAUAGGAUGGUUAUGAAAUUAGGCUUAUCAUCAAAUAAUCUAUUCUGUAUUAAUUAUGUCACGUUUUUCUCGAAUUUGUUUGUUUCCUAUCGGUUAUGAGGUAUAAAGUACAGUAGGAAGGAAGAAACUACAAAAAUGGUGUUAUAGUAGGUAAAUAUUGGAAAAAAUCAUAUUUUAAUGUUAAAAAUUGAAGAUGAACUUAAAUAUGAAAAAUAUUACUGGUUUUUCUUUUAGAAGAGAACAAUUUCCAUCCAGUAGACUCAGUGAACGAAGCUCCACCAGCUCGAGAUGGUCACACAGCUGUUGUUCAUGGCCACGAAAUGAUCAUCUUUGGAGGAUUUGAAGAAGAUAAUCAACGAUUCAGCCAAGAAUGUUAUUCAUACAACUUUUUGAGCAGAGAAUGGAAGCUUCUGAAGACCAAAAACACCCCUCCACAGUACCGAGACUUCCACGCCGCUUGUGUCAUGGAUAACAAGAUGUACGUGUUUGGAGGUCGAUGUGACGAACGAGGUCAAUACCACAGCAACGCCGACUACUACGAUGACGUGCUGCGGUAUUUGGACUUGGAAACAUUGGAGUGGAUUCAGCCAGAAGUGAAGGGGGAGCUACCAAUGGGAAGAAGGUCCAAUGCCAUGUGGACUCACAAUGGCAUGUUGUACAUGUUCGGUGGCUACAACAGUCGUGUAGAUCAGCAUUAUGGUGAUCUAAGACGAUUUGAUCCAAAAACUGGCGAAUGGCACAAACUUUUGUUCCCCGGCCUUCGACCAACUCCAAGAAGAAGACAUUGCUCGGUUAUGGUCGAUGACAAGCUGUACCUCUUUGGAGGUACCAUGCCACAUCCUAAUAAGAAGAAUGGAGGUCUAUUGGACCUGGGAGAUCUUUAUGUUUUGGAGUAUGGAAAUGUGUUAACUUCGAUCUGUUUCGACUCGUUGGCUUGGAAUGGGUACAUGGAUUUGAUGCUGGAGCAUCUGCCAACUACUGUAAUGUAAGUUUUUAGUUUUGGAGUAAAAAUUGGAAUUAUUUUAAGUUUUGUAGGCUUGGUAUUAGUAUUAGGCUUGAGUUUAUGAGUAUAAAAGUAUUAGGCUUAGUUUUAUGAGUAUAUUUUUUUACAUUUUAAACCUAAAAUACGUUAAAAUUAAAAAAAUUUUUUUUUCAGUGAAAGCCUCCGCCCCAACCUCACGGACAAACGGUACCAGAACAUGACUCCUAACAAUCCGUACUAA